ACAACCAAGCAUCAAGCCCUCUGCAUUCUACCGGUCGUCCUGCACCUGAGUCACCCCUUGCUCAUCAUACCCGUCAAAAUUCUACUGCAGCCCUCGGCAGAAAUACAACGCCCACGCCACUUUCGCAGCUUGCUGAAGAAGACAGCGAAGAUUCCGUUGAAGCCGAUGAUGUGGAACUUCUCCUUGCACCUGCUGCUCCUCUUGGGGCGCCCACACCUGCGAUACCCAGGAUUCGGGCUGUUCGACUUCAACACAACACGUCAGAACCUGAAACGCCCCUCGCGCCCCUCUCAAUUCCUUCCUACGCGAGCGAACCUUUCCUACUUGUCACCUGUACCUCCGACCUCACAGAGCACGCCUGGCCUCCGCCCUCCCAAAGCCAAUAGUGCAAAUCGCAGCUCGAUAAUGUCUUGGGAACAAUUGGCAAAUGAUGGAUCACAGAUAAUUGCACAGGAAGAGGUAGAAAAAAUGCUUUCAGAGAUUCAGGCACCCUUCACGCCAAUUAACCCUUCACCGAACGUCGGUGUUCUUGCACUUGAAGUCCCUGAAAGUCCCUGCCUCUCUGCUCUACCAUCGCCAGGGGGUUAUGGGUCAAUAUCUCAGGUUUUAUUACCGGAUGUCACACCUUCGCCCGCAAUGCACCAUUUCAAUCAGAUGUUCAAUACGUCUACGGAGCUUCCCGCUCCUAUGGACUCGGGCACAGUCACUCUACUUCGCUUACAAGUGGCAUCCGCCGAGAAUACGGCAAAGGAGCGCCUCGUUCGCCUGCAGGAGUUGGAGGAGCAGCUGCACGUCGCGAAACAUUCUCGUGUUCAGGAGACUGAAGAACUCGCGAAGCAAGUCUCCUUCCUAGAGCAACAGCUUCAUAUCAGCGUUGAGGCGAGGGAAAGGUUGGAUGAGGAGCGUUCUGCCUUCACUGCAUCCCUGCAGGACCAGUUACGCCACGCAGAAGCCUCUAGCAAGCAAGCAUCCAACGCUGCUUUUGCACGUGGACAAGAAGAGGCUGCUGCGUCGUGGGCAGAUUUUCUCAAUCAGAAGCAGCAAAAAUGGGAAGUAUGUUCUCUCGUUCGUGAGAUUAAAGUAGAAUGGGGCUCUGUCAGAGAGCAGGCGAAGGUGGAACAUGAGUUUUUGCAGGCGAGUCGCGAGUCGCUGAAAGUAUUUCUGGCUAUGCUGGAUCAAAGCCAGAAGCAGAUGCAAUGUCUGCUUGCUUGAACGACAUUUAUGCUUAUGAGCUUCAUCUAUUCCUUGGAUUAAUCUGUACUACAUCGAUGACCACUCAUUCUUCUCGUUAACAUCUAUGCCCGUGUACCUGUACAUAGUACACGUCACCUAUCAUCUGGCCAUAAGUACGAAUAUUUAGGAAUGUUAUUUCCUUUUUCCUCAGAAAGAACACACGCCAGUGUGCCGUCAAAACCA